AGCAACACAAGAAAGGGUAGGACCGCGCCGCAUUGACUUAAAACAGCCACAUUAUAUGUACCAUCGACAAAACUCUGUCUUUCAUUUUCCUUUAAAAACUAAAGGCAAGAACGUAGCACACAAAGCAGUCAGGCUUUUCAAUCAUGUCAUGUUUUCGAAUUUAGAUCCAACCAGAACUGGGCAUAAGCCGAUCCAAGGAUUGAAAAAGAAAAUAGAAAGAUCGAGAGAAGAGGAGAAGGGAAGCAUGCAAAAAAUGAUCA